UUUUCUUCAACACCUGCUCCUUACAGUAACUACAAAAAAUAAAAGCUUUAACUCUUUACAGUAAGGUGUCUUUAUUAACGUUACUGUAUUUCAACAAGAACAAUGCAUUUAUUACACUUUAUUAUCUUUAGCAAUUAAAAAACAGUUCUUUGCUUAUUCAUGUUCGGUGCAUAACUAAUUGUGAUUUUAGUAAUGCCUAAAAUUAACAGUAAGAUUAAUAAAUGCUGUAGUAUUGUUUAAUCUUAGUUGCUGUUAGGGUUAAUGAGCCUUAUUUUAACGUGUUACCACCUUAACAUGUAUUAGAGACAACAAACAGUACCUUACAGUAUUUAUUCAUCUUACUAAACGUCAAUCAUAAAAAUACAGUAGUUCAUCAAAGUUCGUUAACAAACACAACUCGUGCUGAGAUAAUAAUAAGGAAAUUAUAUACAGCACCUUCCUGUAAAGUGUCUCAGCUUGUAAUGAUUUUAAUUCUUAAAACAGUCAUUUCUGUCGCGUGCCUGAUGGUUUCCUCCAGAAAGCCCGUGAAGACCAGACUCGAACACGCCUUUCUUCAGAGAGGUCUCCGAUGGGUCACGUGUCUCCUUCAGACGGAGUUUAAUGAAAUACUAACAGCUCGUGUGUUACUCUUCCGGGCUCGAGGGACCGCUCCCGACGCUUUUAUUCAUUCCCAGAAGAUUUUCCCGCUCGCUCUAACAAACAAUUAUCCGCUCGCGCGCUGACGCGUCGUUCUCGAGGGACGCGCUCCGUUCCGCUCGUUGUUUUCGCGCGCUCCGCUGCGCCACGGCACCGGCUCGGGUCCGGAUCCGCGGGUUCGAGGCGCUUCUGCGAGCGGAGAGAGAGAUCCAACGCCAUGACCGUCGAGAAAACACGCGCCGGCGCCUCUCCGCGCGCUGCUGCUGCUGCGGGGACGCGAGCGUCGACGGGCCGCUGAGCGUCACGCUCUGGAUCCGCUCUUCUGGUCUGUCUGAGGUCUUCACCGAGAGGAAGCAUGCUGUCCAUCCUAGCGGCCGGCUCGGUGUUUUUCCCCGGACUCUUCCUCUUGUCCAAGCAGUGUCUGAAGAGCGUCCCGGGGCUGCACUGGAGCGAGGGCGACGCGGUCAUCGUCUCUGCCCGGCUGGUGUCGUCCAUCCAAGCGAUUAUGGCGUCUACGGCCGGUUACAUCAUUUCCUCUUCCUGUCAGGACAUCAUCGAGGACCAGCACUGGCUGACCAGCUCCUACAUCUUGUUCGCUGUGCCCUACUUCGUGUACGACAUCUACGCCAUGUUUCUGUGUCACUGGUACAAGCUGCAGGUCAAAGGUCACGAGGUGGAGAACGGCUCGCGGUGCCGGGCGCUGGCUGUGAGCGGAUACCUGAGGAGAGAGUUCCUGAUGAUCCUGCAUCACGUGGUGAUGGUCACCGUCUGCUUCCCGGUGUCUGUGUUCUGGAGGCAGGGGAAGGGAGACUACUUCCAGGGCGUCAUGUUCCUGGCCGAGCUCAGCACUCCGUCCGUCUGUCUGGGGAAGAUCCUCAUCCAGUACAAGCAGCAGCACACUCUUCUUCAUAAAGUGAACGGCGCUGUGAUGCUGCUCACUUUCUUCCUCUGUCGAGUUCUUCUCUUCCCUUACCUCUACUACGUGUAUGGAAGGCACGCCUCCAUCCCGUUCCUCCGGGUUCCUCUGGCCGUGCCGUGGCAGUGUAAUCUAGGGGCCGCUCUGCUCAUGGCCCCUCAGCUCUACUGGUUCUCUCUGAUCUGCAGAGGGGCCCUGCGCCUGUUCACCGGCGGCUCCUCGCGCUCCCGCAGACCCACGGCUCCGCUCAAGCCCGAUCCCGAAGGACAGGCCAACGGAUACAGCACACGGAUGGGGGGUCGGGACACGCCCACAAUCUCUCACUGAGGGAGGGGCCUAUGCUAAUGAGACUGAGCAAAGAAGAAAGGAGAUUGGACGAAUGCGGCGGAGUGAUUAAAAGCCCUGUAACGCUUUACAGCACAGCAUUACGUUCCGUUACAGGGCUCUUGUACUGUAUAUAAGACAUGCUUUAGUAGAUCAUGGGAAGCAAGUUUGUCAGAAGAAUCAACGCAAGUGUGUCACGUCACAACCGAGGCAAUAAGUGCAAAUUUUACGCGAGAACAUUUGUGAAGAAGACGAGCACUUUUAGUUUGAGGCACUUUGAAGGCGUCUCAGAAUGUUCUUGGCAUAUAUUACUGUAGUGUUGAAGAUGCAUCGUUCACAGAGAAGUCCUCCAUUGUUAUAUUUAGCUCUGGUCUAUAUUGAGCGGUCAGGAACGACUCGGUGGAGGUCAGCUCAAGGCCUGGCUUUAAAGGGACAGUUCACCCAAAAUGAAAAUAUAGCCUCCCUCGUGUCUUUAGAUGCUCUUUUAUUUUAUUUCCAUGGAAUAAAUAUUUUUAUGGAGCAAGGAUACAUUCAGUUGAUCAGAAGUGAUCAAAUAAAUGCUGUUACCUUUCUAUUUAUUUGUGAAUCCUGAAAAAUGAAAUUUAUGGUUUCCACAAAAAUAUUGGGCAGCAUAACCUAUAUUAAACAUUACUAAUAAUCAUAAAUGUUUGUUGAUCAGUAAAUCAGUGUAUUAUUCUGAUUUCUGAAGAUCACGUGACUCUGAAGACUGGAGGAAAGAUGCUGAAAAUCACAGAAAUAAAUUAAACUUUAACACACAUUCAGAGAAAACAGCUGCUUUAAAUCAUAAAAAAAAUAUUUAAGUUUUUAAUCAGUAUUUUUGUAUUCUGUAUUUCUGAUCAAGUGAAUGUAUCCUUGCUGAGAAGAGCCUUCAUUCAGAAACAUAAAAAUAUUAAUGAUUUCAAACUUUUAAAUUCAAGUAUAAAUUUAAAUUAAAUAAAUAAAUAUUUCAGUCUAAUAGAUAAGUGGCCGUUUAAUAUUUCUAUACAGCUUAGUCUACAGACUAAAAAAUGUAGGCAUCACAACAUUAUAAAGUCAGUGUUAAAAUGGAUAUUUUAAAUAAGCUUAUAUUACAGUUAGCACCCUUUAUGCUAUUUUAAAAUCAUUGAAAUGCUAUUAUCAUUUUUCAUAAUAUUUGUUUUUAUUUGAGGUAUUUUCCAUUUGUUUUUUAAUGCCACAUGUGAUCAAACCCUUUUAUUUCGGAAUCUUUUGAUAGUUUUAUUAAACUAUAAUAAGCACAUAAAUCACGAAUGUCUACUUUCCAGAAGACAGACACAGAUAAAACACUGGAACAACAACACAUUUUCAUUUUUGGUGAACUAUUCCUGAUUGAUGAGGGAUCAGACGAGAGACAAACCCAUCAAAUGUAAUUAAACCCCGUCCGUCCGUCUGUCCGUCUGAGGAGGAGCAGGGUUUGGGAAUGUAUUAUUAUUAUUAUUUUGUACGUGCUCAGAAAAGUAGCUACCGUGAAUGUUCUCCGAUUCGACCUGUGAUCCGCCCGAAGGUGGCUUUAAACGCAGUUUUACCACAAAAAACCGUUUGAGAUCCGUAGUUAGCUCUCAGUAUCCCUGAUAUAACCCAGUCCCCAAAGCCUGCGUAUGUUUAAAGGGACAUGAUCAAAUAUAUAUGAAGCUGCCUUAUCCCUGUGGAAACUCCUUCCUUCAUCUUUUCCUCGUCCGUUUGGGCUAAUGUGAUACUUUACAGAGUCAAUGUGAAAUUUAUUUGCACUUUAUUCAUUUGGUCGUGGCCGAGGUCUCACGGUUCCUAAGCAUUAUUUAUUGUGUUUGUGGGAAGAUAUUUUCUGUAUUCUGUCUGUCUCAGGUUUUUGUUAACGAGCCGCUCUCCGUUUAGUCAUAAAUCAAGCAUCGGUUUGUUUCACUUCAUGACAAGCGCACCUCGUAUCAAACAGGAAUGAAUAACGGUGCAAAGCUUACUUACUCCUCAAAUGACUGUGUGCUGAUCUGACAUUUAUUUAAGGAAAAAAACAGUCGGGUUUAUGACUUUGCAUGUGUAUAUUCCAUCCUUGUCCCUUGUGAACCUCUAUAAAGUGCUCCGAUCUCGAGCGUCUAUUUAAUCCUA